AUGGAACAUAUAUUUCUGAUUCUUUUACUGUUUAGUAAGGCUUUAUCAGUUGGAGCUCAAUUCAAUGGAUACAACUGUGACGCCAACUUUCACAGCCGUUUCCCUGCGGAGAGGGAUAUAAGUGUGUACUGUGGGGUGCAGACCAUCACCCUCAAGAUCAACUUCUGCCCUGUCCUCUUUUCUGGCUACACAGACACUGACCUGGCCCUCAAUGGACGCCAUGGAGACUCCCACUGCCGUGGUUUCAUCAAUAACAACACUUUUCCCACUGUGGUAAUCUUUAGUAUCAGCCUGGCGACGCUGGAAUCCUGUGGCAAUUCCCUAGUGGUCUCCACGGCUCAAGGGCCCAACGCUUAUGGUAACCUGUCACUGGUGCAGAUUGGAAACAUAUCAGGGUAUAUCGACACACCGGAUCCCCCCACCAUCAUCAGCUACCUGCCAGGUCUGCUGUACAAGUUCAGCUGCAGUUACCCACUGGAAUACCUAGUCAACAACACACAGCUGGCCUCGUCAGCAGCUGCAAUCUCAGUGAAGGAAAGCAAUGGUACUUUCAUCAGCACGCUGAAUCUACUGCUUUACAAUGACUCGUCAUACAUUCAGCAGCUGUCCAUCCCCAUGGCAGGACUGACCCUGAAGACGCGAGUGUUUGCAGCCGUAAAAGCUUCUAACCUGGAUAGGAGAUGGAACGUUCUAAUGGACUACUGCUACACCACACCCUCUGGAAACCCCAACGAUGACCUCCGCUAUGAUCUUUUCUUUAGCUGUGAAAAAGACCCCCAGACCGCCGUCUUUGAAAAUGGAAAGAGCCAAAUGGGCCGCUUUGCCUUUGAAGUAUUCCGCUUUGUAAAGCACAAGAAUCAGAAGAUGUCCACGGUCUUCCUACACUGUGUCACCAAACUGUGUCGAGCAGAUGACUGCCCAAUGCUCAUGCCAAUCUGUGGCAGCAGGAAAAAGAGAGAUGUCAUGGAGGGAAAGGAAUCAAAUGCUGCAUCUGGGAAUGCCGUCCUGACUGCUGGGCCAAUCAUCACUCGGAGUGAUGAGACGCCAACCAACAACUCUCAGUUGGGUAAGCCCUCACAUUCUAUGAACACAGUGACAAGCGCGCUCAUCUCCGGUGUGAUCAUCCUGGGCGUCAUGAGUGUUUGCUUCUUCAUCUUCUCCCUCACUCUCGUCAAAGGCAAAAGUGCUCCUGUCAGCACUGUGUCUGGAGUCCGAAACCCAGUCUUUAAAUGA